AUGGCCAGCGCAGCAAUCCUACAAUACCCUGUGACGCUGCCAACAACACAGACAGCCGUCAUAGCGAGCGAGACGGGAGAUUUCGAGAUCUCUUCUAAUGUCCCUCUGCCAUCCCUCCAACCCGAUGAGAUUCUUAUCAAGACAGCCGCAGUAGGCUUGAACCCCGUCGAUACCAAACUUGUCGGAGACUUUGUUACACCAGGAUGCAUUUUUGGUUUCGACUGUGCAGGAAUUGUGGUUGCCAUUGGAUCAAGCGAUGUGCACAAGGCUCGUGGUAUAUCUGUCGGUGACCGCGUCUGUGGCUCUGCCAGUGGCAUGAACAAACUGAAACCUCUGGGAGGUGCAUUUGCCGAGCAUGUCGUGUUACCAGGAAGUUUGACUCUGAAAAUCCCCGACUCUCUACCUAUGGAGGAUGCAGCGGCUCUCGGUACCGCUGUUGCCUCUGCCGCCAUGGCCCUCUUUUGGUCCUUGGGGAUAGACCCAGCUCUGUUUGGCACGGGGGGAGAUAAUAAAACCGGCGAUGAGGCACCAAAAGCUCUCGUUUACGGAGGUAGCACCUGUACGGGCACCAUGGUCAUCCAGCUCCUGCGACUAUGUGGCUUCCACGUCCUCACCACCUGCUCUCCACGCAACUUCAAACUCGCCAAGUCCUUCGGUGCCCAUGAAACCUUCGACUACAAGUCAUCGGGAUGUGCUGCCGACAUCCGUGCGCAUUGCGAUAACGCUCUUGAAUACGCCGUCGACUGCGUUGCCGAGGACUCAACCAUGAAGUUCUGCUACGCAGCUAUCGGGCGUGCUGGCGGAAAAUACACGGCCCUCAACCCUUUUAACGACACACUUGCCACACGCAAAGUCAUUCAACCCGACUGGAUUCUUGCCACGCGUAUCACGGGCGACGCCUCGUCCUGGCCUGCUCCGUACGCGUGCGAGCCCGAGCCGCGUCUGCUUGAAAUGGCCGGCCCGGUCUUUGAGAAAAUACAACAGCUCCUGCUUGAGGGCAAGAUCCGUGCUCAUCCUGUUCGCGUGGAAGAGGGCGGAUGGCACGGCUUACUUAAUGGAGUCCAGAUUAUCCGCAAGGGGGAGGUUAGCGGGCAGAAAUUGGUGUACAAGCUUUCCUAG